GGAGCGGCCGGGGCGCCUCCUCGGGCUGUGACCCUGGGGGUCUGGCACGGGUGGGGACCGGAGGAGGGACAACUUUGCGCAAAAUGCGCCGGGGCUGUCCUGGAGAGGAGCUACGGCCGCGCUGAGCCAGAGCCAUGAGCUACCUGUUUCUGCUGCUACUGGCCGUCCUGACACUGGCCCUGGCUACCUCUCAGCGUCGCCGAGAAAAGGUGCCCUGUAAGAUGGUGGACAAGGAGGUCUUAUGCCAGGGCCUUGGCCUGCUGCAGGUUCCUCUAGGGCUCCCACUGGACACUGAAGCCCUGAACCUGUCCGGGAACCAAAUCCGGGACAUCGUGGAUUACCCACUGGGCUUCUACACUGGGUUGCGGUACCUGGACCUCAGCACUAAUGAGAUCAGUUUCCUCCAGCCUGGUGUCUUCCAGGCCCUGCCACUGCUGCAGCACCUCAACUUGGCUCACAACCGGCUAGGGCUGGGCACUCCGCUGAGCAGUGGGGGACUGGGUGUCCUGCCGCGCCUCACCUCCCUAGACCUUUCCAGGAAUAGCCUGUACAGUGGCCUGUUGGAGCAGCUGCUGGGGCAGGCGCCUGCCCUCCUGACACUCUCUCUGGCUGAGAACAGCCUGACGCACCUGGCCCAAAACACCUUCCAUGGCUGCCCCACACUUGAGCGUCUGGACCUGCACAGCAAUGUGCUGCUGGACAUCGAGGACGGUGCCUUUGAAGCCCUGCCCCGCCUGGCCCACCUCAACCUCUCCAGGAACUCCCUUACCUGCAUCUCCGACUUCAGCCUUCCCCAACUGCAGGUGCUAGACCUGAGUUGUAACAGCCUCGAGGCCUUCCAGACAGAGCUGGAACCCCAGACUGAGUACCAGCUGGCUUGGCUGGACCUGCGGGAGAACCGGCUGCUGCACUUGCCUGAGCUGGCCACGCUGCCCAGGCUCACCUACCUGAACGUGUCCAACAACCUCAUCCGCUUCCCCAGAACCAUAGAGCCAACCCCAGGCCACAAAACCAUCCACACACCCUCUGCAGGCUGGUCGGCCUUGCCUGUCUCAGCCCCUGGCUGGGAUGCCCACAACCGCUCCCGGGCACUGCAGCUUGUGAAUCUGGACUUGAGCUACAAUGAGGUGGAGUUCAUCCCUGAGGGCUUUCUGGAGCAUCUGCCCAACCUGUGCUUCCUGAACCUCAGCCGGAACUGUCUGCAGGCCUUCAAAGCCCUGAGGCCGGGCUCGCUGCCCUGCCUCCUGCUCUUAGACCUCAGCCACAACUCACUGGGGGCCCUGGAAGUGGGGGCUAGAGCCCUGGGUUCUCUUCGGACGCUGUUCCUCCAGGACAAUGCCCUGAAGGACUUGCCCUCAGACACUUUCUCCAGACUGGCCAGCUUGCAGCAGCUGGACCUGCAGGAGAACCGCAUCAGGCCCUGCGGUGGACCCGGACAGUCCAGCCCUUCAAGCUGCGUGACUUUCUCUGGCCUCUCCUCACUUCGCAUUUUGAGUCUAGUGGGCAAUGAGAUGGAAAUGCUUGAGGCUGGGGCCUUUCUCCACACACCCCUGACUGAGUUGGACCUCUCCUCCAAUUUCGGCCUGCAGGUGGCCCCAGGAGCCUUGGACGGUCUGGAGGCCUCGUUGGAGGUUCUGACCCUGCAAGGCAAUGGGCUGACUGUUCUGCAGGUAGACUUGCCCUGCUUUAGCUGCCUCAAGCGGGUCAACCUUGCCGAGAACCGCCUGAGCCACCUGCCUGCCUGGACCCAGGAGGUGUCGCUGGAGGUGCUGGACCUGCGGAACAACAGUUUCCGCCUCCUUCCUGGCAGCGCCAUGGGCGGCCUGGAAUCCAGCCUGCGGUGCCUCUACCUGCAGGGCAAUCCUCUCAGCUGCUGCGGUAAUGGCUGGCUGGCCUCACAGCUGCACCAGGGUCGUGUGGACAUGGACGCUACCCAGGACCUGCUCUGCCACUUUGGCUCCCAGGAGGAGGGGUCCUUGGGCCAAGUGCGCCCUGAGGACUGUGAAAAGGGGGGGCUCAAGAACCUCAACCUCAUCAUCAUCCUCACCUUUGCUUUGGUGGCAGCCAUCCUCCUCACCACACUGGCCACUUGCUGCUGUGUGCGCCGGCAGAAGUUUAGCCAACAGUACAAAGCCUAG